AUAAACAUUACCUGUGUAGAGGGUUUUCCCUUGCCCUGUUUUUUUCUCAUCAUUCUGAAGAGAAGAAAAAUCUGCUCUUUUUGUCCUCUGUCUUUGCAUCAUUUCACAUCAAAUGAAUUAUUUUAUUUGAAUUUGGAUUGAGCUGAUAGCUGGUAUUAGCAAUGUAUGUUCUCCAGCUUCUUGGAUUCCUAGUUCUGGGAUCCUCACUGACAUUGGCUGCAGUUUCUGAAACAUGCAGAUGUGAAGUAAACUCAUGCCCCGUGAUGGCAUGUGGCAACCCAGGACUCAAUGGUUUACCUGGAAGAGAUGGGAAAGAUGGCACAAAAGGAGAGAAGGGAGACCCAGGAGAUUCAGUGAGAGGACCACAGGGACCUCCUGGGAAGGCUGGACCUCCUGGAUCCCUAGGAACUCCUGGAAUCCCAGGAAGUACAGGGAUCCCAGGCCAAAAAGGACAAAAAGGAGAUGCUGCCACUCUUGAUACAAUUCAAAGACAAGUUGCAGCUUUGGAACAGACUACAAGAAGUCUUCAAGAAGACCUUAAAAAAAUCAGAAAGCGUCUGUUGUGGCAUGGGGCAGUGAGCGUUGGUGACAAAAUCUUCGUUUCAACUGGCCAGCAAGAUACUUUCUUCAAGGGGAGAGAUCUAUGUGCCAGUGCAGGUGGAAAACUUGCCAGUCCAAAGAAUGAGCCUGAAAACAGAGUCUUGGCAGAAAUGGUGAAGAAGAAUUCACCAAAGCAUGCUUUCCUUGGUAUAAAUGAUAUCCAGACAGAGGGCAUAUUUGUAGAUCUGAAUGGAGCACCUGUACGUUAUACCAACUGGAAGUCAGGGGAGCCCAAUGAUUACAAUAAUAAUGAAGAUUGUGUUGUAGUGCUAGAAAAUCAGUUAUGGAAUGAUUUAAAUUGUGAACAUAAAUCACCAAUAUUUUGUGAAGUUUAAUCUAUUUACAAAGAGUUCUAACUCCGGAAGCACACAUACUAAUUGUUGGGAACAUCUAGUAAAUUAAAUUAACUUUUUACUCCAGGAUCAAUACUACAGAUAGGGUGGGCUUUGCCUGAGCUAGAUUUCUUUGUUGGAAAUUACCAAAAGUCACAAAAUUGGACUACUGAAGAAUGUGCAAAUGAUAGAUUUUCUGUCUCCAUUAAAGAUGGGUGAGAAUCCCUUUUCAGUUCAUUGAAAAGUCAGAUUGAUGCAAAUGUGCAAAAUCUGAAUGCAGGGAUAAAUAAAACUGACAGAUUUGUCCAUCG